AUGACGGCUCGGGGCAUCUCGGGGCUCGUGGGACCCUUGCUGAGCGUGAGCAAAACUCGCUUUGUCUGCCUCCGCAGGGUGACUGAGCACCAUCGCACGCCAGCAGAGCGGGGCUCAGGGAGAGGCUUCAGCUCCACGCGCAGGCUCUGGGAUGCCCCUGGGGAGUCGAGCUCUGCAGACCAAGUGACGGUGCAUUUUAUAAAUCGGAAUGGAGAGCAACUCACAGCCACAGCCAAAGAAGGGGAGAGCUUGCUGGAAGUGGUAGUCAAUCAAAACUUGGCCAUUGAUGGAUUUGGUGCAUGUGAAGGGACAUUAGCCUGCUCCACCUGUCACCUCAUCUUUGAGAAGGACACCUUCCAAAAGCUGGAUGCCAUCUCAGAUGAAGAGCUGGACAUGCUGGACUUGGCAUACGGACUCACUGAGACAUCUCGCCUUGGCUGCCAGGUGCACAUUAAGAAGUCCAUGAAUGGUCUGACGGUGCGGGUCCCCAUGGAUGUAUCAGACAUCAGGAGGCAGCUGGAGGUUGGAAAGCAAAGCAAACAGUAA